UCCGCUGAUCUGCGGUGGGAACUCUUAUUCCUAUAAUUUUAUAUUUCAUGUCAGGUCUGGCCUUACAUGGGGAUUCCUUCAAGGUAGCUCUGCCCUGAACCCUAUCCUGGGGCGGGAGUAUCAGGCCCCAGAUGCACAAGUACUCACCCACCUAGUGAUGCAUGAAUGGCAGAGGCAGAGUCUGUUCCAGAGAAGACGUUCUGUGUUGCAGUCAAAGCAUGAAGUUCAAGGUUUUCUUUUAAAAACGCUGUUUCCUCUUCUGUCCUCAAAGGAAACAUCACUUUGUUCAUUUCAAGAAAGAGUCAUAAUCCCCUAAUUGCCAUGACCAGUUGGGGGGCUGAGAGGUGAUCUGCUAUUGUCAGUGUAACAAGUUUCAGAAAAGUUUAGUUUUCCAAACAGCUGUUGUGUUUUUAGGGGAAAUUCUUUUGCCAAUUGCAACGAUUCUUAUCAAAGUUGGGGGAACCCCCCCCAACCCUUUCCCACAGUGAGGAGGGCUGGCUUUGGGACAAGGGGGAAGCCACUCUGGGUGGAAUAAGCCGGGGAGGGGGGGUGGACCAUUGAGACAAUAUGAGGCUAUGGGCUAUGCACAGACCCCCAAAUCUUUAGCUACCUAAAACUCACAAUGCAUGGCGAAGCCAUUUGGUUGGUUGUUUGGGAGGGGAAGGGGUGUGUAUGAAAAUCAGUGACAGAGGGAACAUCACAGGGUGUCUUAGAGCAGAACAGACACGGGGACCAGGAACACAUCAGCGGACAGGUGCCUGAAGGGCGCACUCAGGUCCCAGAAUCAUGGGGGUCCAGGUUGUCACAGACACCACAGCCAGGCUUAACCAGGUGCCCGGGUCCUUGAGGGGCAUGGCAGGUGCCUCCACCCUCCCCAGGAGCUGAGGAGGAGGGAGGGCAGCAGGCUGGUGUCAGCAGAGAAGACUGUCCCCAGAGCCCUGCCAUGGGAGCCACCCUGGCUUUUGUGACCUCACAGGAGGGGUGUGGGUGACUAUUCCCCACUGGGGGCCUGGGCCCAGACGGACACCAGAGCCUUCCCCCAGGGCAGGGGCAAACGGCCCCUCAGGGAGGGAGCCGGCAGACAGGCAGCUCCAUGGAGGUCCACGCUUAAUUAGGAGGACUCACCAUGAAGAAGGGCAAGAGGAAGAAGACGGAGGCCAAGCGCCAGGGCUCCACCUCCCAGCGCGCCAGCUCGGAGUCCACCUCGCCGCAGCAGAGCUCUGAAUCCAGCUCACAGCAGCCCAUCUCCAAGUCCACCCUGCCGCCAACCAGCCCUGGACCCACCUCGCAGCCCGCUAGCCCUGGGCCCACCUCGAAGCCGCCCAGCUCUGGACUCAUCUCACAGACCAGCAAUGAAUCGACGCCCCCGCAGCCCGUGCCCCAGGCCCUCCCAGCACCCCAAGUCAGCCCCUCAGCUCGGGGCGUCGCGUCUCAGGACACAGACUCAAAAGCACCCCCUCGAUCCAAGAAAACAGGGCCUCUGACCCGAGCGGGCCCGCGCGCCUUCUGUUCCUGUUCUGCGUGCCCCGGCAGCUCUGCUUGCUGGUGUCGUCUGGGCCUGUGCCACAGCCGCAUCUUCGAUGUCCUCCUGCCUCGGGCCUGGCCAGCCCUGCCAGGGAGAGGAUUCCCAAACCUCCUCACCUUCUACAGAAGACCUACAAGAAAGCACUCCACUCAUCGCAAUUCGCGCGCUCCAAGCCCUCGGCACUGUUGCUGUGGCUCUGGGAGCCCUAGGAGUUGUCUACUACAUCACUGAAUCCUUGUGAACCAGUCCCCAGGCCCGCAGUCCGGCAGGAGGAUCUCAGCUGCUAAACCACCACCUCUGAGAUUAUAAAACUGGAAAAGCACCAGAAUUCCAGGAUCCUGGAGUAUUGUCUAAGCUCAUGGCUCUGUCCUCUUUUUCUUUCCAGAUCCAGUUUUCCAUCCAGGAUCUCUCUUGUCACCAAAAUAGAACAAAAACAAACAAACAAACAAAGAACUCUGUUUAUUUAGCGUAAUUUACCCAAAGAUACAAAGGUUGAUGGAGUUCCCGUUGUGGCUCAGCGGGUUAAGGACCCGACAUUGUCUCUGGGAUGAUUCAGGUUCGAUCCCUGGCCUCAUUCCGUGGGCUAAAGAUCCAGUGUUGCUCCAAGCUGUGGCGUAGGUCACAGAUUUCAGCUCAGAAGGAUCCAGUGUGGCUGUGGCUGUGGUGUGGGCCUCAGUUCUCAUUUGACCUCUAGCUUGGUAAUUUCCGUAUGCUGCAGGUGCAACAGUAAAAAGAAAAAAGUACACACACACACACACACAUACACACACACGAGUGGGUAGGGAGGUAAAUGUGGCAGCCUUGGUGACUUUGUGAGCCCCAAGUAAGCCAGGGCGGGAUCCCUCUUGGGGGCUGCAGACCUAAGGAGGGCAACUUUCUCGGCACACACUCAGAGAACAAAAGAUUCCCCCAUUCUAAAUGCAGGAAUUGACCUAACUUGUCAAUCGCACUUCUGCCCGGCGGUAAUCCCUAUUUGUGGGAGUGCGAGGGACACCCUGCCUCCUUUCAGGCCUGCACCUUGGGGAACAGGGGCCCCCAGGCCCAGGGCACGCUCUGGCUCCAGGAACUGGCUUCAUUUAGCUUCACCUGUGAUGGGGGAGCCACAGGGCUGGCCAAGGCAUGGCUGGCAGCCUGGUGGCCCAUCCCGGGACUUAGCUGUACCCAGGCAGUGCCUGGUGGGUUUGAACAUCUAGCCCUGAGCAGCUGAAGACGGAGGUCUUAGUUCAAGGUGCUCCCAAGAAACACCAGUAGGGGAGACAGGUGUGACACGGGAGAGCCAUCGGUACAGGGGCAGUGGUCACUGGGGGUGAAUGAAGCCGCAUCCCGCUGGGGCAGCACCAGGAAACUGAGCACAUACCUCAGUUGUCCCCCCAUCACCACCCAGGGAGGGGAAGCUGGGUGAUUAUACAGCAUCAGUCAAGGGCUGCUGGGAGGAGGUGGUUCAUUCCCCCCCCCCUUUUGUCCCCAGAGGGCAAGUCCCAAAGAAAUGCACGUGCUGGAGGCUGGGAGUCCAGAAUGCACUGAAGGGGAUGGUGGGGGUGGAAGUAGGGGGCUGAGGACAACCCUGACCUCCAGUGAGCAGGUGACCUGCUCGCCUCUAAGAGCCCAUGAGACUCGGAGCCAGCAGGACAGCCCUUGGGGAGGCAGGGAGCUGCUCUGCCUGCAAGAGCCCAGGUGGGACGGGGCAGGGAGAGGGGGAUGCCAGGCAUCCCAGAGCCCACCCAUCACCUCUCAAUCCCAGGACUUCCUUUCCUAAACAGGUGCUGGGAGAUGGGGAAGAGGAACCCUGGUUUGACAGGAACCUUCUCUGGGAAGCCAGCCUCCGGAAGAAGAGAGCUGACUUCCGGGAAGGGUGGGUCAUGCUGCAGUCUGCCCUGCAGAUCAGGAUGAUAGGGUCCAGAGACACAGGGGAGGCAACGGGGGGCCCGGAAGCUGCCACCUCUGGCCAGCCCAGCUCCUCUGACUGAAGAAAUUCAGUUCCUUUUUCUGGCCUAUUAAUUAGGUCCCCUUUUGUUGUAAAUGUUGGUCAACUAACCCAAGCUGCUGAGCAAAACAAGGAUGUGUUGACUCCUGGAGUUCCCAGUGCGGCUCAGCAGGUUAAGGACCCGACAUAGUGUCUGUGAGAAUGGGGGUUCAAUCUCUGGCCUCCAUCCGUGGGUAAAGGAUCCAGCAUUGCCACAGGCUACAGUGUAGAUUACAGAUAGGGCUCGGAUCUUGUGUUGCUGUGGCUUUGGUGUAGGCUGGAAACUUCAGCUCUGAUUUGACCCCUGGCCUGGGAAUUUCCAUAUGCCACAAGAGCAGCCAUUAAUAGAUGAUAGAUAGAUAGAUAGAUAGAUAGAUAGAUAGAUAGAUAGAUAGAUAGAUAGACAGGCAGAUAUAGAGAUAUGUAGAUAUACACACAUGCCCAUUUCUCUCCUCCUGCUUUGCUCUGCCAGCUCCAUGCUUAAGCAAGCUCUUCGACGAGGUGGCCUGAGGGCUCCACCAGCAACAGCCCCCCAGCCUCUGAAGGUCAAGUCUGGCAGGAAAGGCAGCCUGUCUCCCAGUUGCAAGAGGCCUCUGAUGGGGCUCUGAUUAGGUCCUGUGUCCCUCCUGGAACCCGUGCUUUGCCAAGGGAUUCAGUGCUCUGAUUGGCCUGGCCAGGCCUAAACAACCACCUCUGGGGCUAAAAGUCAACUCCACAGAAGGUAUGAGGGCAGAGAACAGGGAAGGGACAAAAUAGUGAUUUUUGGCAACUGUAACCAAAGGGAAGGGAAUGAAGGCUUGGCAGCUAAACACAAGGUAUCUAUUCCCGGGGGGUUGGGGCUGUGACCAGGGCCCUGGUGCUGCCCUCUUGCUCCUGCCCCUUCCCCCUCAACCCACCACUUCACCAGAAUGCAUGCCUGAGCAGCCAUGGGCUGAGGAUUCACUGGUGCUUGGAUUUCCCAGGGCGGUGGUGACCCAGGCAGGUCUACCCUCCAAACCUGGAAAGGUUUAGGCAGAGCUGGUUGUCCCAGUAACUAGGGGAUCCCGUGCACUGUUAGCGGUGAAGGCCAAGAAUGCAAAUGCACAGGACAGCCCCAUACCAAUCAUUAUCCCACCCAGGACGCCAGCAGCAUCCUUGCUGGCAGUCAGUGCCGUUGGGUUCACCUUGGAUACCCUCCUGUAGCGGCCUUGCCUUGGGUCUCGCGGUACUUUCAUGGACCGCAGGCAUUUCUCUUAAAGAGUGGAACCAGGCAUGCUACGUGCUGGGAGACCCCAUCGCUCUUUAUCCUCCUGUGUGCUGUUCGGUGGGCAUGUCCCUCUCCCCCCUGUCAGGUCCUGGAAGGAGCGAACAGGUGUUUUUCUUCUCUCAAACCAUCCCCAUAAUGUAACAGAAUCUCAUGAAUGAAUAGGCCUGCCACCAUUGGCACCAUUUGGGGAUAAGUUGAGAUUUGAGUUGGGCCAUUGUAUUCGGAGUGGUUUAUAUACACAUAUAUUUUUAUUUAAAUUUUUCAUUGU